UGACCUCGUGACGUAUAGACUUAAUACGCUGACCUACAGGCCACAACAACUCACACAAAUCCUAGCAGGCUAACAAAUCCCAGUGGAAGGAAAUCGAAGAUUGCAUGAUGUCGAAACUGAAUCUCAAAAAACGCUCGGGUGAUCCGCCCGUAGUUGGCAAGGAGCCUCCACAAUUUCAAUACAGCGACCAAUCCCCGAAGGCUAUCUACGAUGCCUUUCACGCUUGGCUAUUCGACCCGAAAACCUUUCCUAAUGCAGAUAAAAAACCCACAAUGAUUUCGGCACCCACGUCAGAAGCGCUUUUCCUAAAGCCUGGGAUAACUGCUGCACAUGGUGAUUCUUUUAUGCCGCCAGAUGGAAGCAGAGAGUUCGCGCAUCUUCACAAAGACGGCAGCUGCCAUAUUGUUGUUAGCACUCAAGUGGAAGACGAAGUACUUGCGAACAGUUGGGGAGUUCGACAUAUGUAUUACGAGCGUGGAGUCAAAGAAAUCCUUGUCUAUGCUCCAAGGAAUGAAGAGGAAAUUGAAGUCCUUAAGAUGCUUUUACAAGAGUCGUAUAAAUACGCCAAUGGGGCAUAAAUACGUGCAACAAAGCGGCGACACUCGACAACAACAUUAACAUGUGAUGCAACGCUGCAUGUAAUAUUGUUUAAUAUAUAUAUUUUACAAAAAAUAAAAGUGAUCGAAAGCUUCUGUCUGCAUGACAAACUCCACAUAAAGUGCUAAUAUUGAUAUAUGUACUAAUAGGAAUUGCAGACUAGGGGCUAAAUCCUUCACACAUACGGCUAUUAAAUCGGGAAAUCGGCACAUUUUAUACAUUUGGCCGACGCCAUCUUAAAUUCCGCGCAAUGACCUGGGUCUGAGUUACGAUAUCAAUGUAACCAAAACAAACGUAUUCGCGGGAAAAUUAAAAUAUUGGAUUCUGAUUGGACUAAUUGUCGCUCGAG